GAGAUCGGUGAGCUGCUGCAGACUCGCGGAGCCGAGGUGGGUGUCACCACGGGCAGGAGACGCCGCUGUGGCUGGCUCGACUGCGCCCUCCUGCGGCACUCCAACAUGGUGAAUGGAUAUACAGCGCUGGCUGUGACCAAGCUGGACAUCCUGGACACCCUCCCUGAGGUGAAGGUGGGCGCGUACUACCAGCUCGACGGCCGGCGGCUCGACCACUUCCCGGCGAGCUCGGCCGAACUGGCGCGGGUCGAGGUCGAGUACAUCACCGUGCCCGGCUGGCAGUGUAGCACCGAGGGCGUGCGCACCUUCGGAGACCUGCCCGCCAACGCCCAGGAGUAUAUCCGCACAAUGGAGCGGCUGGUCGGCGUGCCAGUGAAGUGGAUCGGCGUCGGCAAGUGUCGCGACUCCAUCAUCCAGGUGUGACUGCCGCCGCCAAGCGUCCGGUUCGCCGUGUGAGAGAGUGUGCUGUGGACUGAAUGAUGCACCCCGCUAGCGCCUGUAGAUGCGCCAGCCCCCGCCGGACCGGUCACCCGUGUACCUGCCGUGUCUUUUUCAGUACCAAUAAAACGUGCCCCAUUA